AUGGGCAAAGCGCUGGGCACGUUUCGUGCCGUCUACCUCGUGGCGCUGUGCUGCGUGGGCUCGUUCCUCUUUGCCUACGACACGGGCAUCGUCGGCGGCAUCCUCACCUUCAAGUCGUUCCAGCGCGACUUUCGCUACAGCGAUGCCCAGCGAGCGUCCGUCGGGUCCAACUCGACCAGUCUGCUCCAGGCAGGCGCCUUCUUCGCCUGCUUCUUCAUCUGGCCCUUUAUGGCCAGGUACGGCCGACGCUGGUCCAUUGUCCUCGCGUCGACCAUCUUCAACGUCGGCGCCGUCAUCCAGACCAUCAACACCCACUCCCUGGCCGCCUUUUACGUCGCCCGCGUCAUCUCGGGCGUCGGCGUCGGCAUGGCCACCGUCAUCAUCCCCGCCUACUCGGCCGAGAUGGCGCCCAAGAACAUCCGCGGCAUGCUCGGCUCCAUGUUCCAGUUCUUCUUCACCCUCGGCGUCAUGACCAGCUACUGGAUCGACUACGCCGUCAGCGAGCACGUCCCCGACUCCACCGCCCAGUGGCAGAUCCCCGUGGGGAUGCAGCUCGUCCCCGGCGCCAUCUUGGGGCUGGGCAUGCUCCUGACCACGGAGAGCGUCCGGUGGCUGGCCAAGCAGGGGCGCCACGAGGAGGCCAUGAAGUCGCUCGCCUGGGUCCGCGGCGGCGAGGACGACGAGGUCAGGGCUGAGUUUGCCGAGAUUCUCGUCGGCAUCGAGGAGGAGGCGAGGGACAAGUCGGGCGUCACCUGGCGCGAGCUGGUCCAGGUGCCCAGCAACAGGCACCGUCUCAUCCUCAUCGUCUGCCUCCAGAUCGGCGUGCAGCUGACGGGCAACACAUCCAUGGCCUACUACGCCCCCCAGAUCUUUUCCCUCGUGGGCGCGGGGGAUAACAAGCUCCUCCUGACCGGCUUCUUUGGCCUCGUCAAGGUCAUCGCCUGCCUGUUCUUCCUCCUUUUCCUCGUAGAGCGUCUCGGGCGUCGCGGGUCUCUCCUCGCCGGCGCCCUCCUCAUGGGCAUGUACAUGCUGAUCGUGGCGGUGCUGACGGCCGUCUUCCCGCCCGACCCGGACGCCGGCCUCACACCGGCCUCCAUCGCCUCGCUCACCAUGAUCUACCUCGAGGCCAUGAGCUACAACAUCUCCUGGGGUCCCGUGCCCUGGGUCUACACGGGCGAGAUCUUCCCGAAUCGCAUCCGGGAGGCGGGCGUGGCCCUCGCGACGGCGACGCAGUGGCUCUUCAACUUUGUCUUUUCGCAGGCGACGCCGCACGCGGUCGAGAAUCUCGGCUGGAAGACGUUUGUCAUGUUCUCCGUCUUCAACUUUGCCCUCGUCGUCUUUGUCUGGUUCUUCAUCAAGGAGACAAAGGGCAAGUCGCUCGAGCAGAUGGACGAGCUCUUUGGCGGCAACGCGCUGCCUGACAGAGACCCGGAGAGCUUCAAGGUUAGUGAUCAGGGUGCCCAGCACGUAGACGGGGUGGGCCAGGAGACUGUUGUACCGGACAGGAAGGACUAG